AUGGACCCGCUGAAGUAUAUCUUCCAGAAGGCGAUGCCGACCGGAAAAUUAGCUAAGUGGCUAAUGUUUUUAAGUGAGUUUGAUAUUGUGUAUGUGACUCAGAAGGUGAUUAAGGAACAUGCUUUGGCUGAUCAUCUUGCAAAAGUUCCCGUAGAUGAAGACGAUUCAGAUCUGUUGAUACAUCAAGUUCAAGGAGAAAGGACCGUGAAGAACCUGAGGAUUAUACCUUACAUGCGGUAUGUACAGAUGUUGUGCCAAAGAUUUCGCGAGAUCGAGUUCAGACAUACUCCCAGAAUACAAAAUGAGUUGGCCGAUGCUCUUGACACCAUCGCUUCAAUGAUUAAACAUCCGUAUACUGAUUAUGUUGAUCAUAUGGGUAUAGAGAUAAAAGAACAUCUAGUCCAUUGUUCACAUGUUGAAGCGGAACCAGACGGUUUGCCUUGGUAUCUCGAUAUCAAGAGGUAUUUGGAGUGCAGAAAUUAUCCAAAAGAUGCAACAUCCAACCAAAAGAAGUCGAUACACCGUAUGGCUCCCAAUUUCUUUCUAAGUGGAGAAAUCCUUUAUAAGAGGACUGCAGAUUUGGGCCUCCUCAGAUGUGUUGAUGCUGCAAAGCUGAUUGAACAUAUAUACUCUGGAGUUUGCGGUACACAUAUGAAUGGGCUCACUUUGGUGAGAAAUAUCCUUUGA